AUGGAUUUAUGGUUUGCUGAAGCAUCACUCCAAUUAGCAUUUUCAUUGGAUGUUGGAGUACAAUUUGCUGGAGGAUUCGAUUCAACAGUUUCUGGAUCGAUUGCAUCAACCAAAUUCAAAUGUGAAAUCUAUAAAGUACACAAUAAUGAUCCGAAAUUCCAUCCGAAAUUCAUUCAAGAUAUUUCAAAAGUCGAAAGUGUUGAUGAUAUGAUGAAAUAUGUGAAGAAAUAUGGAAUCUUUUACAAAGAAACCGCAACUCUUGGUGGAACUCUUGAACAAAUUUCAAAAGUCAGUCAAGUCAACUUUGCAUCAAGAUCAUCAAACUCACUUGAUAUCAAUCUUGCAUUGUCUUUUGCAGCACAAGCAUCUGGAUUUGGAAUGAAAGGUGGUGGAAAUUUGGCAGCAUCUUUGACAGCCUCAACGAGUGAAGCUAAACAAAAUGGUUUUGAGAAAACAUCAAGUUUCUCUCGAAUCAUUGUUAAAGGAGGAUCACCAGGAUCAUAUGGUUCAAAUGUAGCCAAUCCAAUUCAAUCAUGGGCAGAGAAUCUUGAUCUUCUUCCAAUGCCAAUCGAUUACAAAGUUAAAUAUGUUGUUGAUCUCAUUCCUGAUAGUUGGUUUAUUGCAAGUGGAUUGAAUGUUAAACAACUUUGGAGAGAUGCUCAAAGAAAAUUAUAUGUUGGUAAAUUUGCUGAACAACCCAAUUCUUUUUAUGACGAUGAUACUUUAACUACUAUUGGCAAAACUGAAGGGUUAUUUAUACGUCAACUUUCUUUCCUAGUAACAACUUACACUGGUAUCUCUUUCUUUACAUCUGAUGGAACUAAAUAUCAUGUAAGAGAACAUGCAUUCACUGGUCGAAUGAUAUCUAAUAUAGGUGCCGCAGAAAUCACGAAUAUGGAAUCAACUAUUAAGAAACCUGAUUUAUUUAUUAAUACCCAAAAAUUCAUAUCAUCUUCCGAUUGUUAUUAUCAAACUAAAGAUGGAAACUUCUUUGAUUUUACAGGACUUAUAAAAUAUGGAAAUGAUAAUUUUGUAUCUAAAUAUCAAGAUUAUACUGUAUAUUUCAACCUAUGCGGUGUAUCCCAAAAAUGUAACUCCUUGGAAUCUAGAACUGAUUCACAAGCUUGUAAGAUAACUGCUGAUGGUACCAAAGUUUAUUCAUUAGGCUUGAACACUAAAGCAGAGGUUUCACCUAUUGCUGAUGGUCUUUCUUUGAAAUAUACAGGUGCGGUUGAUGCUUCUUCGUGUGGUGCUGGAAAGGCUAGAAUUGUAACUUACAAUUUCUUAUGUGAUAUGACCGGCAUCGGAUUUGUUGUAGGUGAUUUGGUAGGAACUUCAACAUGUCAAUACGAAAUCACUAUUAAAUCCAGCUAUGCAUGCCCUACCGUCAGAAUCUACGAUGUUUUCACAGGCAGAUUUUACAGAAUGAGGAUUAUGUCCUUUUUGACAGAUACUAAAGUUCUAAUGGCAACCGUAAAUCACCCACCUAAUCAUAUUCAGGUCAGAAUCAAAUUUGAAACAGAUGUAUGGACCGGAGACAGCAAAAUUGUAUUCAGAUUGUAUACCGAAUUCGAAACACUUGAAGCUACUAGAUAUCCUAGUGAAAUCCCUGGAUCAGGACUUAUUUCGUUCGAUCCAACAAAAUAUCCUGGUGAUCUUCUUGGACUUUCUAUUGACAGAGUUGUGGGAUCGGCGGCUGCUGAUAAUAGAUAUUCACUAAAAGUACGUUCGGUUCUCGCAAUGCAACAAUGUCCUGACAAAGACAAAAAGAUUACUAGUGAUUGUGUAAGCAAGAAGGUUCUUUCAAUUGAGAAUGGAUAUGCAAGAGCAUUCGUCUCACCUAUAGGAAAUUUCGAAUAUAAAAAUGAUGAAAAGCCAGUUUUUGUCCCUUUGAAUCUAUAUGGUAUAUCUAGCUCUUAUGCUAUCUACGAAUAA